UCUUACUAAAAUAUAUUAUCGUGACUCCCUUAAUACAUGGUGCGCGUGCGUGCGUGUUCCAAACAUGCAUCACUAUUCCUGCGUUUGUCAAGCAAAUCUUGAAAGUGUCAUCAAGGCCAUUCAUCCAAAAGUUUAUGUUUAUCAUCCCGGGAUAAAUUGGACGGUGGCCAUUGCACACUAUGAGUCGCAAAGAAAAUGUUGUCUGUAUGAAAUACAGGCACAGCACAGCGACUACUCUAUAUCACUCAAUGCACAUAUAAGGCACAGCUUUUCCUGAAAGCUUGUACACUGCUUGGAACAGAGGAUGCAAAGGCGUCAAGAAACAAAGUUCAGAUUUCUUAUAAAAUUGAUAAAUGACGUAAUUUCGUACAUACAUGUAAAAGCGCGAAAUAUAUUUUUGGGGCGUUUUUCUCUCUUUUUCUUAUCUAUUCUUCUCACAAAUAUCCAAAAGAAAAAUGGCCUUAGCACCUCAAUUUGUCGGACACCGUAUGGGAUCUGUCUUUGCUCCUCAUACACUCGAGGUCUAUUUAGACUAUGUCUGUCCUUUCUCAGCCAAAAUCUACAAGAAAAUCCGUCAAGAAGUUUGGCCCUACAUUCAAGACACCUACCCAGACAAAUUUCAACUUAUCUUUCGUCAGCAAGUUCAACCUUGGCACGCUUCUUCAACUGUAGUCCAUGAGGCUGCCAUUGCUGUUGAAAAAAUUGACGACAAGAAAUUUUUUGAGUUUUCGGACGUCUUGUUCGAAAACCAACGCGAAUACUUUGACGAGGCUUUGGAAAACAAGACACGUAGGGAAGUAGCCCAAGAAUUAUCUAAAUUAGCUGAAAAGGUCGGUGUUUCAUCUGACAAGGUACUUGAGCUUUUGGUCAAUGGCACAGGUGAAGCCAAAAACGCUGGCAACAAGGUUACCAAUGAUUUGAAAUUAUUUAUUCGUAUUGGUCGCCAAAAUGGUAUUCAUGUUAGUCCUACUGUCUUAUUGGAUGGACUCAAAGAUGAUAGUAUUUCAUCCGGUUGGGAACUUGAUCAAUGGAAAGAGUAUUUAAAGAGUAAAUUGUAAAAUAAAUGAUUUAUUUCUUUAAGCAAACAAC